UAGAGGCCAAAGUAUUUGUCUUCCCGGUAAAGUACUACCGACAAAAACACUUUUUUCCUUCCCAUCCUCCAACCCUCCGCCGCCUUACUCCGCACCGUAAUCCUCCGCCACGUCACUCGCCCAAUCCUCCACCACCACGUGCCACCCUAGUGCUCUCUAUCCCUAUAUAUAGAUACAAACAGAGACAGACGUACAUUUUUCUAUUUAUUUCAAAUACGGGAAAUAUGUAAUGCAUGAGAAACACGCUGCUUUUCAUUUAUAUUUUGGAUUUUGCUCUCACUGAAGCACAAAAAAUGGAGGACGAGAAUGGCAAGAGAAAUGGGUUUGAACCCACCGGGGAUGUCAUCGGGAAACGGUUGAGAACGACGGAGGAUCCUGACGGAAGCGUCGGAAUACAAGAAGAAGAUGAUAGAGAAAUGACAUCAUGGCUAAUGCUCGACGAAGAUUCAGCUAUGGAGCUAUCAAAGCUUUUGGACUCAUGGGACGCGCCGCCGCCUCCAGUGAAGGUGAGGUUCAUCGAAAACCCCUACUCUUCGACAGUGAUAUUCCAAUCGUCGUCGGCUUACGUUACAAUAAAUGGCAACGAGGAGACUUGUGGAUCGUCUUUCUCCGACUCGGACUCGUCGGUGAUGGCGAGCAUUGACCUGGGGGGUAUCAGGAGGGUGGUUCUGGGGGAGAUGAAGGAGGAGAGCGGUGGCGCGUGGCCUACAAACACCUGUGAGAAUGGUAUGGAUGCUGACAGGGACUUGGAGAUGGAGGGUUUUUUGGUCAAAGAAAUUAGUGGCUGUGAUUGCUCUGGAAGUUCAUCUGAUGAUCAGAUCGAUUAUGAAGAAGCCACGUGGCUAAAGUUUCUUGGAGAGGACGUGUUUGGGUCACUGUAAAUUGUGGUGGUUCAAAAAGCACAGUGAAAAAAGUUACUGUUUACUAGGGUUUUGACUGUGUGCAGGUGGUUUUUGUCAAAAAGAAACUGUAAAGUAAAAGUGAGUUUUCACUUUUUUUAUCUUUUAUAUAUAAUGGAAUUUGUUCGAAGUUCAAACUUAAUUAC